AUGCCUAGAAGAAAGUACUGGAGGAUGAGUGGUGCCAGGAAAGAGAUACGGACUGACAAGACUGAGGAGACUGGCCUCAUGAAAAACAGUAAAACAAUGUCUGACCUGGACUUGACUGAGGAGACUGGCCUCUUAAAAAACAGUAAAACAAUGUAUGACAUUAGAAUGACUGAGGAGACUGGCCUCAUUAAAAACAGUAAAACCAAAGUUGACCCUGAGGAGCCUGCCCUCAGAUUACAAAAAAACAGGAAAACCAAAGAAACUUGUCAAACAAAUUUGAUCAAUGAACUUUGUGAAAAAGAUCUGCUCAAUGAAUGUGCUGAAAAGAAUUUGCAAAACAAUGUUGAAAAAAAAUUGACAAACAAUGCUUUAUUCACUAAAACUGUACUACACAAUUUUGGUGUAAUGGCCGAAGAAGGCAAAUCACUUACACAUGAAGACAACCAGGUUUGCAAUAGAAAAUUAGUUUUUGGAUCAUUUCAUCAAGGAGAUGCAAGAUUUUCAUCAUUUUCUAGAGGAAGUCAGUGUACCUGCAAUGCUCUUACUAUGCUGAUAAAAAGUUACGAAGGAUUUUCAUUCUCGACUGAAUUUAUUGAUGGCACUUUAAUAGCAGGAGAUCAGGUUUAUAUUAUGUUGGUUAAGAAUUUGCAACAAAAACAAAUGUUUCUUAACAAACUACUUAAAUUUGAUGAGUUGCCAAGUAACUUAACUUUAGGAGAAAAUCAUCAUGUUAUCGAGACAUUUGAAACUAUUUGGGGAUUACUUGUCUCUGAACAACAAAACAGUCAAGUGAAAACAUUGCAUCAAGCUUUAGAAGAGGCAUUUCAGGUUUCUAGGUAUUUGCUGAUAAUGAUAGGGGCAAUUUGUUCUGGUAUAUACAAAGUGUCAAGCAAUGAAUAUUACUUUUUUGACUCUCAUUCACAUGACAGUGAUGGCAUGUCUGCCUGUGAUGGUAAAUCAGUACUAGUACACAGCAAGGGUAUCAAUGAUUUGGUGUCAUAUUUGUACAGUAUGUAUAACAGCAUGCAUAUAGACUUUGCAAUGCAGUUUGAAAUCUUACCAAUCUCAAUUAAGACUUUGCAUCAUAGUUUUCCAGAGAAAAGCCCAUUGCAGAAAACAUUUUACAAAAUGGAUGAUCAUCUCUCAUUUGCAAAAAAUUCAGAAGAUCAAAACCUAUGCAGAAAAAGUUAUAUGAGAGAGUACAUGAGGAGAAAAAGAGAAAAUGUGCAAUUUAAGCAAGUAGAAAGAAACAAAGAUUCACAUGCUAAAAAGUUGAAGAGACAAAAUGAUGAUAUAAAAAGCAGAGAAACUGAAAUGGGAACAAUUGUAAGGAAACUAAAAAGGCAGAAUUCUGAAAUAAAAAAGAAAGAAAAUGAAAGAGAAACAGCUGCUAGAAGGAUAAAGCGACAGAAUGUAGAAAUAAAAGAAAAAGAAAGGAAAACAAAUACAGCUGGUAGGAAGGAAAAAAGACAAAUUGAAAAAGUAAAAGAGAAAGAAAGGGAAAUGGAUAAGUUCACAAGAAAGUUAAAGCGACAAGAUACUGAAAUAAAAGAAAAAGAAAGGAAAACGAAUACAGCUGGAAGGAAGGAAAAAAGACAAAUUGAAGAAGUAAAAGAGAAAGAAAGGGAAAUGGAUAAGUUUGCAAGAAAGUUGAAGCGACAAGAUACUGAAAUAAAAGAAAAAGAAAGGAAAAUGAAUACUGCUGGUAGGAAGGUAAAAAGACAAAAUGUAGAAAUAAAAGACAAAGAAAGGGAAAUGGAUAAGUUUGCAAGAAAGUUGAAGCGACAAGAUACUGAAAUUAAAGAGAAAGAAAGGAAAAUGAACACUGCUCGUAGAAAGUUGAAGCGACAAGAUACUGAAAUUAAAGAGAAAGAAAAGAAAUUGAAUACAGCUGGUAGAAAGUUAAAACGUCAGAUUGCUGAAGUGCAAGAAAAAGAAAAAGAGGACAGUAGAAUUUCAAAAAGAAAAUGCAGAGAAAAUCCAAUUGUUCUUGAAAAAGAACGGUUAAGAAAGCAAGGUAAACGAAGUAACAUUUCAUUUAGAGAAAAUGAGCGAUUGCUAAAUAGGGAACAGAAACGGAAAAAAAGAACAGAUAUAGAAUAUUAUGAAAAAGUAAAUGAACAUCAAAGACGGAAAAGAUUUGGAGAAGAUGUAACGGAUUGCAUCCAAAUUUUUCAUGAACAGAUUAGACAUGGUCCAAUUUUUGUAUGCUCAUGUUGUCAGCAAACAUGGUUCAAAGAAAGUGUUUCUAAAGUGGAGAACACAAAACUAGAUGACAAUAGUAAAAGAAAGUUUCUUACUAGUACUGUGUCUGUUGAAAAUAUGGAAUGGAUUUGCAAUACUUGCUAUUCAUCAAUCAGAGAAAACAAAAUUCCAAAGUUGUCUGUCCUAAAUGGUAUGAUGUGGCCACUUAAGCCAAUGGAAUUAGACUUGUUUCCUUUAGAAGAAAGGCUUGUGUCUCUGAGAAUACCUUUUAUGCAAAUUAGAGAGUUGCCAAGAGGUGGACAAUAUUCUGUAAGAGGAAAUAUUGUGAAUGUUCCUGUUGAUAUUCAACCUACUGUAAAUAGCCUGCCAAGAAAAUUAGAUGAAAAUGUCACAGUUCCUGUUAAAUUAAAGAAAAAAUUGUCAUAUCAAAAGUGUGAUUAUCAUGAAAAUGUACGACCAACAAAAGUACUGAUGGCAUUACACUGGCUUAUGAACAAUAGUGACUUUUACAAGAAUGCAAAUAUCAAUGUUGAUGAUAACUGGUUUCAAGAAAUUACAACUUCAGCAAGUGAAAUUGUUCAGGAAUUGGUAAAAACACAAGCGAGAAGCAACCCAAAUACUGAUUAUCAUGAGACGGUUGAUAGUGACGAUGAUGAAUUCUGUGAAGUAGAUGGAGUUGGUAGAGAUGGUAAUUGCGAUACUCUGUUAGAUGAUGCUUCACGAGACAUGAAUCAGGUUUACACAUUUGCUCCAGGUGAAGGACAACGCCCACUUAGUCUGUAUCAAGAUCAGACAGCUGAGUAUUUAUCAUUUCCAACAAUUUUUUGUGGAAAGGGAAGAUUACAAGAUGAUGAAAGACAAGUACAUGUGUCUUAUGCAGAUAUAGCUAAAUGGGAAUUAAGAAAUGUUGAUAGACGUGCUGCCCAGUCUGUUCCAAAUUUGUUUUUCAAGUUGAAAAAAAUACAAAUGAAGCAAGUUACAGACAAAUGUAACCUAGCUCUUAGGAAAUGCAAAACUAAAGGAAAAUCCAUGACGGCAAAUGAAAUGAAAAAUCCUGAAAAUGUUAAUAAUCUUGUUAGACACAAUGAGGGUUUCUUUGUGUUCAGGCAGUUACGAAAUUCACCUGCAUAUCUUGAGACUAGAAAAAAAGAUGUAUUUGCUAUGAUCAGACAGCUAGGUUUACCAACAUGGUUUAUGUCACUGUCUGCAGCUGAUACAAGAUGGAAUGAUCUCAUUAGAGCACUUGGAGUGUUAAAUGAUGGAAAAGAAUACACUGAUGAGGAAAUUAACAGCAUGACUUGGUUUGAAAAAUCAAAAUUAGUACAAAAGGAUCCCAUCACAUGCUCUAGGUACUUUGAUCAUAGGUUCCGUAUGUUUAUGAAUUCAGUGUUGAGAAGUGAUCAUCAUCCAAUUGGCAUUGUAAAAGACUUUUUUUACAGAACUGAAUUUCAGCAAAGAGGAUCACCACACAUUCAUAUGAUUGUUUGGAUACAAAAUGCACCAAAAUAUCAUGAAAAUAAUGAACAGGAGAUAGUAACUUAUGUAGAUAGUUACCUGAAAUGUGAAAAGAAUGAAGACAAUGUUUUGACUGACUUGCAAGUGCACAAACAUUCACAGACAUGCAAAACGAGAGGUAAAGCUGUAUGUCGAUUUGGUUUUCCCCUUCCUCCUCUUGAAGAGACUUUAAUUUUGGAGCCAUUAGAGUGUGAUGUUGACAAAUACAAGAAAAUGUAUGAUAAUAUUCAAAAACAGCUAAAUGAUAUGAAAAAUGGAUGUGAUUUGUCCUACAAGGAGCUCCUGAGCACAGUACUUAAGAUAUCCGAGGAAGAUUAUAUUAAAUGCAUUAGAAGUUCACUGAGAGGUCCAAAAGUUUUUCAAAAAAGAAAUCCAUGUGAUAUGAGGAUAAACUCAUACAACAGCAUUGUUCUUGAUGCUUGGAAAGCUAACAUUGAUAUUCAGUAUAUUUUGGACCCAUAUGCCUGUGCAAUUGUAGAAGUUGGAGCACAGGAAGCAGCAUAUUUAGUGUUACAAAUGCCAAUGACAAAAGCAUCAAGAGAGGUUGUUUUUAUCAACACAAGUCCAUCAGAUGACAGAGUAACUCUCAUUAAAACAGAUGCUGAAUUGGAAAAGUUGACACCAAAUUCUACAGACGUGGAAUGUAGCAAUGUAAUUAAACGGUAUGCAAAACGCCCAAAGCAGCUUGAAAACUGGUGUUUAGCCGAUUAUGUAUCACAGCUAGAUGUUGUAUUCCCUAAAGAUAAUGAGAAAGAGCUCAAUGAAAAUGAGGUGAAUGAUGAUGAACAGGACAAUCAGUCAGAUGACGAAGACAAUUCAGAUCUUGAUUUCAGUGAAAGUGAUACACUAGUUACUCUGAGAAAUGGCAUAAAAAUUAGACGACGGAAAAUGCGAAGGGUAAUUAGAUAUAUUCGAUUUAAUAUCAAAACUGAUCCAGAAAAUUAUUAUAGAGAAAAACUUAUGUUGUUUAUGCCUUGGAGAAAUGAAUCCAUUGAUCUUUUAUCAGGAAUGGACACAUUUGAGAAGUCAUUUCAUCUGAGGAAGUCUUUUUUUACACACAAGGUUAAGGAAUAUGAAUUCAAUACUGAACAGCUUGAUGCAGCUUUGCAAAUGGCAAACGAGGAUUUUUCAGAAGCUUUUGAUGAAUUGGCACCAAAUGUUCAGCAAGGAGAAGCAGAAGAUGAAAAUGAGGGAUUUCUUGAAUCUGAAAACUUUGUUCAAUUUAAUCCUGAGAGGCCUAUUGAACAGAGACAUUAUGAUAUAGGAUCUGACAUUGGCAUUCCAUCAACAAGACAAAUAACUGAAGAGAGUUCCGUUAGAUUACCAGACAAAGAAUACUUGAAACUUUUAGGAAGUCUAAAUGUAAGGCAGCGGGAAUUUUUUAAUCAUGUCUUGCAGUGGAUCAAAACAAAGACAGAACCUGUUUAUUCAUUUUUAUCUGGAGGUGCUGGUGUUGGCAAAUCUGUUUUGAUAAGAGCACUUUAUCAAGCUCUGCACAGAUACCUAUGUUCCAUAGAAGGAGAAAAUCCAGAUGACAUAAGAAUACUUCUUUGUGCUUAUACUGGCAAGGCAGCAUAUAACAUUGGAGGGGCAACUAUAGCAUCUGCUUUCCAUCAAAAAAUUAAUCAAAGUCAACAAAGCUUGCACUGUGAUGAAUUGAAUACUUUUCGUACGAAGUUCCAAAACCUAAAAUUGAUCAUAAUUGAUGAGAUAUCCAUGGUUGGCAAUAGGUCAUUAGCACUCAUUGAUAGUCGUCUACAACUUCUUACAGGCAUCAAGAAACCAUUUGGUGGCAUUAGUAUCAUAGCUGUUGGUGAUUUCUUUCAACUUAAACCUGUGAUGGACCGUUGGAUCUUUCAGGAUUUAAAUCAUGAUGCUCAAGCUCUUGCAAACAAUCUUUGGAAGGAGCAUUUUUGUAUUUUUGAGUUGGAUGAAAUAAUGCGCCAGAAAGAUGAUCUUGAGUUUGCUCAACUUCUCAAUCGUCUUCGCUACAAUGCAAUGACAGCAGAAGAUAUGAAUGUAAUACACAGAUGCAUGAUAACAGAAACAAGUGACAAUUAUCCACACCAUGCUCCUCAUCUCUUUACACAGAAUUCUAAAGUAGAUGCAUACAACAAUCAGUUGAUUGAAAAACUUGAAGGAGAAAAGGUGACAGUGAAUUCAGUGGAUACUGUUCUUAAGGAUUAUUCAAAGGAACUUAAGGAAAAACUGCUCAGGUCUCUAUUCAAAGCAGAUGAUGUUAGCAAAACUGCUAAUUUGAUGCAAAAAUUGAUUCUUGCUGUUGGUAUGAUAUAUGAUAUCUCAGUCAAUGUUGAUGUAUCUGAUGGUUUAACAAAUGGGUCAUCAUGUAAGAGGACUCAAUUUCCAUUACGGCCAGCUGCAGGAAAAACAGUUCAUAAAGCCCAAGGUUGCACUGUUGAUGAAAUUGUAAUUGAUAUGUCUCAGACUAAAGUUAGGAAAAAUCCACAUAUUCACUAUGUAGCACUAAGUCGGGUUCGUUCAGUAGAUCAUCUUCACAUCCUAAACUUCAAUGAACAGGCAUUAGCUAUGGAUGAACAAGUGGUAGAGGAAAUGGAAAGAAUGAAAAAAGAUGUACCACUACAACUUUGUUAUGUCCCAUUAUACCAACUUGAUUUGCACUCUUUCAAAAUUGCUUUCAACAAUUGUAGAUCACUUCAUAAACACUUCCCACAAAUUCAAAAUGAACCAAAUAUUGUUGCAUCAGAUGUAGUUGGAUUCUCAGAGACAAGAUUAACUAGUGCAGAUGUAGCUGAAAAUUAUCAACUACAGGGAUACACGGCAGUAUUUAACCAUGAGACUACAGCUAAUCUAGAUAGACGUCCACAUCAUGGAACAGCAAUAUAUGUGAAAAAUGAUUACAAAACAACCUGCAUCUCAAAACUGAACACCGGCUUCAUCGAGUUCAUCAUGACUACAGUGAUUGUGACUCUAAACUACGCCGUUAGCUGUGAUUCGGACUCUUAA